AUGGACGACUACUUCGAUAGUGGCGACACGUUGGAAGAGGCAAUUAAUAGGGCAAAACAAGUACGGCACAUUCAUGCGCAGGCUGGAUUCAAUAUGAGAAACUGGGUGAGCAACAACAAUGCUGUCCUCGAAGGUCUGGAGGAAUCAACGAGCGAUCGUGAUCUGUUUAUAAACUUCGGUCAAGAGGAUGAGUUUGGGAUCCUGCGAAUCGAUGGGCGCACAGCCAAAGCUCAUCACAUUCCCUUCGAUACAAGAUACCCCAUCAUCCUACCGAAAACACACUACGUUACAACACUUAUUUUGAGGGAGUAUCAUCAACGCUUUGGUCACGCUAACAACGAGACUAUGGUAAACGAAGUACGGCAACGAUUCUACAUAAAACACCUGCGAUCCAGCGUGGCCAGAAUCGCCAAAAACUGUCAACGAUGCAAAAUCAAGAAGACGCAACCAUCACAGCCACGAAUGGCACCGUUGCCAGAAGCAAGGCUUACUCCAUAUGUACGUCCGUUUUGUAAAGUGGGAGUAGAUUAUUUAGGGCCGAUCGAGGUGGUUAAUUCGAGGCGCAAGGAAAAGCGUUACAUUGCAGUAUUCACCUGUUUAGUGACGAGAGCGGUGCAUUUAGAAGUAGCGCACAGCCUUUCUACUGAAGCCUGCAUUAUGGCGAUAAGACGUUUCGUUAGCAGACGCGGAGCUCCCAGCGAGAUAUUUUCCGACAACGGGACCAAUUUCGUGGGAGCCAAUAAUGAAAUCACGAAACAACUGGCGGACAUCAACUACUCUUGUGCCGAAACAUUCACCGGUGUUCAGACGAGAUGGACAUUUAAUCCCCCUUCGGCACCCCAUAUGGGAGGCGCAUGGGAACGGAUGGUGCGAAGUGUUAAGGAAGCUAUGCUAGCACUGGAUGACGGUAGGAAACUGAACGACGAGAUACUUCUAACCGCAUUAGCCGAUUCAGAAAGUCUGAUCAACUCCCGACCGCUUACCUAUAUGCCGCAAAGCUCGUCAAAUGCAGAAGCGCUUACACCAAACCACUUUCUGUUAGGGAGUUCGUGCGGAACCAAGGAGCAGCUGCGUCCCAACGUAGAUUUAGCAGAAACACUAAGAAGCAGCUACAAACGAUCUACAGCUUUAGCCGAUGCGAUGUGGGACCGUUGGUUGAAGGAGUAUUUGCCAGCCCUGAACACAAGGUCCAAAUGGCGAGAAGAUACGCGUCGGUUGAAUGUUGGCGAUCUUGUAUUCAUCGCUGAGGGUCCGCGGAAGAAUUGGUUGAGGGCGAAGGUUGAGGAGACGAUAGCCGGUAAAGACGGCAGAAUAAGGCAGGUGGUAGUGCGGACGGCAAACGGCAAGUCACUAAAAAGACCAGUAGUUAAAAUCGCUGUUCUUGAUGUUGAGUGCUAUUGCGAUACAGUAUAG